AUGGGGCAGAACUACAAAGAAAUCGCUGCAAUAGCACUUGCUCGACGAAAAGCCGCGAUUCCAACACAUUAUCUUCUUCCUUCGGAAUAUCUUCAAAAUCUACCGAGAAAUGUGACUACAGUGCCUAAGGAUUCAAAACAUUUCACAACCCAUGAGCUAGAGAUUAUCGAGGCAGAGGCAGCCGAUAUCCUCGAAAAGAUCGCUACUAGGGCCUGGACAUCCACGGAAGUGACGAAAGCUUUUUGUAAAGCUUCAAUUGUAGCAAAUCAACUGGUAACUGAAAUUCUCUUUUCCGAAGCUCUGAAAAGAGCUCAGUUCCUGGACGACUAUAUUGAGAAAGAACAUAAAGUUAUUGGACCGCUUCAUGGCCUCCCAAUUUCACUAAAAGACUGUAUGGUGACGCCACCUCAUCCGUCGUCUAUUGGAAUGGCCUGCUAUGCAAAUGAAGAAACAAGUGAAGCAACCGUCUUGGUCAGUAUUCUGGCCAAGCUUGGUGCUGUUUUUUAUGUUAAGACUGCGGUUCCCGUGGCCAUGAUGAUGAUGGAGACCAACAGUAAUAUUUGGGGUGAAACUACUGGAGCAUACCACAGCGGUUGUAGUCCCGGCGGGAGUAGUGGAGGAGAAGGUGCACUUUUGGCAAUGAGAGGAAGUCCUUUGGGUGUCGGUACCGAUAUUGGUGGAUCUAUUCGUAUUCCUAGCGCGUUCAAUGGGCUCUAUGGGUUGAAGCCAACUUUCGGAAGGUUUCCAGUCUACGGUACAAAGUCGGGGAUCACAGGCCAGGAUUUCAUAUUUUCCAACAAUGGACCGAUGUCCCGCUCAAUAGAUACUUUGAAGCUGUAUUGCCAGGCAGUCUUGUCCAAUGAAGUAUCUCCAUGGAAUUUAGACCCCAAAUGUCUCGCUGUUCCGUGGCGAAGUGGUACUAUCAAUCCUCCAAGUCGAAAGCUUCGCUUCGGGAUUAUCUCCGAUAAUGACGGAGAAAUCAGCGCUCAUCCUCCCAUUGUCCGCGGACUGGCGAUGACUAAGAAAGCCCUGGAAAAAGCAGGUCAUGAAGUUUUUGAGUGGUCUCCCAAUAAUCAUCCUGAGAUGGUUCGGGAAAUGAAUAACUCGUUUUACACAUUGGGUGGUGCUGCUAUUUUAGGGCUGACCAAGGAACAUGAUGAGCCAGUAUUUGGAAGCAUGAAGAGCUACGAACGGGCUUAUGAGCAAGGCGAGCAUGGGACUCUUGGACCGACCAAGCUAAGAGAAAUGAUUACCGCCAGAAACGGUUUCCAAAAGGAGUACCUGGACCGCUGGAAUGCUACUGCGGAAGAUGGAAACCAGAUUAUGGACGGUAUAAUUCUACCUGCCUCACCAUGGACAGCACCAAGACUCGGUGUUACCCAAACUGACAUCUUUUGUGUGAACUACACUGGAGUCUUCAAUUUACUCGAUUAUCCUGCGUGUACUUUCCCAGUUACUUUUACUGACAAGGACGUGGAUAAAGUCCGAACUGACUGGAAACCUUUGAACAAGAAGGAUGAAGCCCUUCAAGCAGAUUAUGAUCCCGAAUUUUAUCACGGAACGCCGGUCGCAUUGCAGUGUGUUGGUAGACGUUUGGAAGAUGAGAAAGUGCUGGAUAUGGUAGAGAUCAUCGCGAAUGCGUUGAGGAUGUGA